CUCAUCGGGCACACGGACAGGAUCUCCGGGUUCGCGUUUUGCCACUGCCCCGGGCAGAGCAGCCUCUGCGCCAGCAGCUCCGACGACGGGAGUGUCCGCGUGUGGGACGCGGAGAGCCUGGCUCCGGUGGCGGAGCACGGCCUGCACCGGAACGCAAUCUCGGCAUUGCACUGGUCGCCCCUUGUGAAAGAUUUGAUCGUGUCGGGUGAUGAAAAAGGUGUAAUUGUUUGUUACUGGCACAACAGGAGUGACAGCCAGCAGUUCUUCCCAGAGCCUCGGAAAAUUUUUUGUCUCACUUGUUCUCCUCACCAUGAAAACCUGGUGGCAAUUGGAGAAGUUCUUCAUCGGCUAAGAGGCCAUGACGAUGAAAUACAUUGUCUGGCCUGGUGCCCUGUGCCUGGUGAGGAAAGGUUACCUGCUUGGCAAGAUGAACUCCAAGUUCGUUCAGAGGAAGGCAAAGUUCCAAAUGGGGACCUGACACAGGACACAGCCACGAAGAAGGGUUGUUACCUGGCUUCAGGAAGCAAAGAUCAGACCAUACGAAUAUGGAGCUGUACUAGAGGCAGAAGUGUAAUGACUUUGAAGUUGCCACCCACCAAGAGAAGAGGUGGAGCCGUGGAUCCUGCUGUUAAAGAGCGCAUUUGGCUGACUGUUCACUGGCCUUCUGGCCGUUCCACAGAAAUUGUAUCCAGCUCUUUUGGAGGAGAACUGCUACUUUGGGAUUUGGCCCAAUCUGGAAAACGCAAGUGGACGCUUCUAGGAUCUUCAGAAGGACAAAAUCACUCACGAAUAGUGUUCAAUCUCAGUUCUGUGAAGUGUCAAGACAAAGAGCUCCUGUUUUCCAUUUCAAUGGACAGAGAUGUGAAGUGCUGGGACCUAUCAACUCUCGACUGUAGCUGGACAAUGCCCUCACUUGGAGGAUUCGUCUAUAGUCUAGCCUUCUCCCCUGUGGACACGGGCUGUCUUGCCAUUGGUGUUGGAGACAGCAUGAUCCGGGUGUGGAAUACUUUGUCCAUGAACAAUAUCUAUGAUGUUAAAACCUUCUGGCAAAGCAUAAAGGCCAAGGUUACAGCAUUAUCCUGGCAUCCAACUAAAGAAGGCUGCUUGGCUUUUGGAACAGAUGAUGGGAAAGUUGGCAUAUUUGACACCUUCUCCAGCAGUGCUAAGAAUAAGCCACCUCAGAUCUCCAGUACUUACCAUAAGAAGACUGUAUACACAUUAGCCUGGGGACCUCCAACUCCUCCUCUGUCUUCUGGAGGAGAAGGUGAACAGCCCUCUGUAACUUUAUAUAGUUGUGCUGGAGAAGGUAUUGUGUUUCAGCACAACCCCUGGAAGCUUAAUGGAGAGGCAAAUGACAUCAACAAAGUCAUCCAAGACACUAAUUCAAUCAAACACAAACUGCCUGCACGCACAGAGAUCAGCUGGAAACCAGAUGGCAAACUCUUGGCUCUUGGCAAUGAAGAUGGCUCAAUUGAAAUAUUUCAGGCGCCGAACCUGAAGUUGCUCUGCACUAUCCAGCAGCAUCAUAAACUGAUUAACGCUAUUCGUUGGCAUCACGAGCAUGGGACCCAGCCAGAGCUGAGCUACUUGAUAGCUUCAGGCUCAGUUAAUGCCACUAUUUAUGUGCAUAAUCUGAAGAGCAUCGUAGAGAGCACUUCAGAAAGUCCUUUGACAAUAACGGAGCCUUUUCGAACUCUGGCUGGGCACACAGCUAAAAUCACAAGCCUCUCUUGGAGCCCCCACCAUGAGGGAAGACUGGUAUCUGCUUGCUAUGAUGGUACUGCACAGGUAUGGGAUGUUAUGAAGGAAGAGCCACUCUGCAACUACCGAGGGCACCAGGGCCGGCUACUGAGUGUCCAGUGGUCACCAGUGGAUCCAGAUUCUGUUUAUACAGGAGCAGAUGAUUUUGCAGUUCACAAGUGGCACAUCUCGAAGCAGGAACAUACACGGCCUCCUCAGGGCAAAAAGAGUAUAGAAUUAGAGAAAAAAAGAAGUAUCCAACCAAAAGUGAAAACCAAGAAGAAGAAAAAGCCUAUAGGAAAGAGUCCAGCCACGCAGGAUCUGAGUGAUGCCAUGAACGGAGAUGAGAACGUGAAGGAAAUGUUGCGAGAGGAAAAUGGAGUGUCGGACCAUGAAGGAGAAAAAGAAGCUCAAGAGGCAGAGUUGCCUGACACAGUCUCCAUGACUGCGUGCAAGGAUACAUCUUCCUCUGGAUAUGAUUACUCUUCAUUCAGCUUGUCAAAGCCUUUUCUGACUCAGAAAGCCACUUCUGUGAAAAAGGAUCCACCUAAAGAGAAACCAA